AUGGUUUACAAUUACGAUUACAGGAAUAAUGGUGUAUCGCCUUUACAUCCGUUUCUCUUCAUUGGAUUCAUUGGAGUAGCGAGCGGGCUCCAAACUGAGGCCCCCCACCCGGUGGUCGCGCGCGCGGCCGCUGUCAGACUGCGCCCGCUGUACGAGCCACCCGCUGAGUUGCGGCGCUUUACCCAAUCGGAGGCCUCGCCGCCGGCUGGGGAGGCGGUGCCCCGCUCAGGGGCGGAGCCGGUGAAGUGGCGGCGGCCCGCGCCAGGGGCUCCGACGCCACUCUCGCCCCGAGAGCCACUAGAGGCUGAGCCGUCGAGUGGCGUCGAGUGUCGAUCGGAUGUCCGCGGAGGGCGGCGGCUACUCGCCGUGUCCGGCGGAGGCGCUGCCGGAGCUGAGCGCUGCCGAGCUGGCGAUGAGCCUGUCGCCCAAGUCGGCGCUGCUGCAGCAGAACCUCUCGCAGCUGCAGCUGCAGCACUCCACGCCCUUCUCGGUCACGGAUAUCCUGUCGCCCAUCGAGGAGUACCGCAAGUUGGAGCUGGCCAACAACCCGCCGUCGCCGUACAGGUGCGUGCAUCGAUCCGGCGGGGGGCCCUCCGCCCGCUGAUCUCUCGAGUGGCCGAAGGUCUCGAGGGCACUCAGUCGAAGGAUAUAGUUCGGUCGAAUUCUUCAGGCAGCAGUAUAAACUCGCCCCUUGGCCCAGCGGCCUCCUGCGGGAUGGCUGCAAAUCCUUACGCUGUGCCGUUGUACGGCGGCGCGCCAGUCCAAGGAUAUGGCUGCGCGCCAGCGGACUUGCCCCACUACGGAGACAUGCGUGGUGCCAGUUGGUACCCCGCGUCAAAUGACCCCAGAUGGAAGGCAGACACAUAA